AUGUCUCCCGAAGAAAAAGUCUGUAAGUACUGUGGAGUCAGCUAUCUAAUUCUUCAUGAGUUUAAGGCUAUGGAAGAAAAAUUUGUGAAAGCAAAGGAAGAAGAGAGAAAAUUUUAUCAAGGAAGUGUCGAAUGUGAAAAGAGACUUCAAGAAAAGCUACAGUCUCUUAGCCAAGAUUUUGAACAGUACAAAAUUGACAAUGAAUCCAAAACGGAAAGGCGGGCAGUCUCCAUCGUGGGAGAGUUUGCAGAGAGGGUUCUGAACUUGCCUGAGAUGCUGGAAGAAGCAGAGCAAGGAUACCGGUGUGAACCUGGGCUGUCUCCGGCCCUGGCUUUGGGGGGCUGUCGCUCCUGGCUGGGAUCCCGAGCUGACCUGGGGAAUCACUGA